UUCUCCAAUCCAUCAAAACCUGAAGGACUAUGACCUGGAGAUCCAUCUCACAAUUCAAGGUGAUCCAGCUGGGAAGAUAGAACAUUUGUGACCUGUAGAUCUCACACUUCCUCAAGGAAAAUGAGGACUAUCUUACUGGGCGUCAUAUGGCUCUGUCUUGGCCUCUCUCUGGAUGCAUUGUCUCUGAGUGGACGCAGGAUAGAGACAGUAGAUGGAGAGGGAACUCAAACAACGAUCAGAGGAGAGAAGCUGCUUAGAAGAGUGAGACGAGGCUGGAUGUGGAACCAGUUUUUCCUGCAGGAGGAGUAUACAGGCAGUGACUAUCAGUACAUUGGCAAGCUCCAGUCAGACCAGGACCAUGGCAAUGGCUUAGUCAAAUAUGUUCUGUCUGGCGAGGGGGCCGGCACCAUCUUUGUCAUCGACGAGAAUAAUGGCGACCUGCACGCCACCCGCCGUCUGGAUCGUGAGGAAAAGGCUUUUUAUAUCCUCAGAGCCACAGUGGUCAACAAACGGACGGGUCAAAAGCUGGAGCCGGAGACCGAGUUCACUGUCAAACUCCACGACAUCAACGAUAAUGAGCCUCAGUUCAGCAAAGAGCUUUACACUGGCAGCGUACCUGAGAGGUCUCUUAUUGGUACAUCAGUCAUCCAGGUGACAGCUACAGAUGCUGAUGACAGUAUGUAUGGGAACAGUGCCAAACUGGUCUACAGCAUCAGCCAGGGACACCCAUACUUCUCUGUGGACCCAAACACAGGUGUGAUCCGAACAGCCCUGGGUCCUGACGACAUGGACCGGGAGCAGAGGGAGCACUACCAGGUGGUGAUCGAAGCUAAAGAUAUGGCCGGACAGAGAGGAGGGCUCACAGGGACCACAGUGGUUAACAUCACUCUCACUGACGUCAACGACAACCCUCCCCACUUCACUCAGAGUAAGUCAACAGCACUGAAGGAGGACAGAUUGCAUCCAAAUGAUGAAACACUGAGUCUCACACACACACACACACACACACACUAA